UAUGUCAUAAAUUAUUAAAAAAUUAUUGAUUUUCUGCCUUUCAUAGAAAGAGACCACAAGCUUUAUAAAAGCAGUUCAGUUUGGUAAUGGUGAUUCCCGUACCGAAGAGGCAUCAGAGGGAGAAGAAGGGCUCAACCGUAAUUUCAUCACUGUUUCUCUCCUCAUUGAGGCUCUUACCCCUUAUCCGGCGGCGUUGGCUCGUGUUUUUGGAAAUGGAACGCAUUCGUAGAAGCUAGUAGCAGCGGUGGCGGAGUUUAGGCUCGGUGGGGGCGCCUUCCAAUGUUCGAAUAGCCAUCGUCGUUACGGCCAUGGCCGCCACCGUCGUCUACACUCGUGGGUAAAAAACAAAAAACGGAAAAACAGUAGCAUCAGAAUCGCAAGCAUCUAAGUCAGUCUUGAAGAAAUAAUAGUAAUUUAUUUGAUAGAAAUUCAGGAACAAUUCGUAAGAAUUGUUGCUGAUUUAGAUAGGUUGAUAGAUAAUGUUAGCGGAACAAAAACCGUUGAUGAGAGUCCUACGCCGAAUGCACACAUUUUCACUUACGAGGUCGUCGAAUUCUUCUUCUCCGACAUCGUCGUCAUCAUCGUGGAAUCAUUUGCGAUCGUUUCUAUUAGUAGUUGCUUUGUCCCAUUCAUCAUCGUCAUCUUGCUCAUCAGUCUCCAGUAAUCGGGUUACUCUAAAAUCACCUUGGUCCAGAAGGAGAAGAAAACAUGCCCUUAAACCAAACCAAUGGAAAAGUUUGUUUACACCUGAUGGAAAACUCUGUGAUGGUGGUGUCCAGUUUCUCAAAAAGGCUCGAAAAGGAGGCAUUGAUCCAAGUAUAAGAGCAGAAGUUUGGCCAUUCCUUCUUGGAGUCUAUGAUCUGAACAGCUCCAAAGAGGAAAGAGAAUCCAUUCAAACAAAGAGAAGCAGAAGAGAAUAUGACAACCUGAGAAAAUGGUGUCGAUAUAUUCUUAAGCGAGAAAGUAGGAGCUUUUGGUUGAAGCAAACCAUUGGAAACAAAAGCAAUUUCGACUUCAGAGAUUUCGGUCAGAUUUUAGAUUCUACUAAUUUUGAAGAUGUGGCGAGUGUCAGGAGGUCUAUUUUCAUUGAGGAAGCCUGCCUGGUAGUUAAUGAAUCAGGCUGCAGAGUAUGUGGUCAACCCCUCCCCUCCUCUGAGUCAAGACGAGAAAGAGAUAGUGAGAAGACUGUAAUUACCUGUGAUUGUGAAGAUGCAUCUGCGAGUGACACAGAGUCAUCUGAUUCUGACUCUGACGAUGAAUCUGAAUAUGUACAACCUUUCCUUGCAACCGAAUUGACUGGAGAAAAUGACUUUGAUACGCAUGUGCAAGACUGCUCCUCUUCGUCUAAUUCAGAAAGGAAUUCAGUGUCCCAUACAGAUGAAGAUUUCGAAACCUGGCAGAGAAUUAUCCGCCUUGAUGCUUUGCGCGCUAAUGAUGAAUGGAUCACAUAUUCACCAUCUCAGAACGCAGUAUCAGAGAUCAAGGCACGAAGACUGGCCAAUAGUGUUGGCUUGAAGGACUACGAUAACUUGGAGCCACGCAGGAUUUAUCAUGCUGCUCGCCUGGUGGCUAUCCUCGAGGCAUAUGCACUAUAUGAUCCAGAGAUUGGUUAUUGCCAGGGAAUGAGUGAUCUACUUUCUCCAAUCAUUUCAAUUGUGGAGGAGGACCAUGAAGCAUUCUGGUGCUUUGUAGCUUUCAUGAAAAAAGCUCGUCAUAAUUUCCGUCUUGAUGAGGUUGGAAUCCGGAGGCAGCUCAACAUUGUCUCUAAGAUUAUAAAAUGCAAGGACAUUCAUCUGUACAGGCACCUGGAGAAGCUUCAAGCAGAGGACUGCUCCUUUGCGUACAGAAUGGUGGUGGUUCUUUUCCGGAGGGAAUUAAGCUUUGAGCAGACCUUGUGCCUCUGGGAGGUGAUGUGGGCAGACCAGGCAGCAAUUCGAGCUGGAAUUGCCAAGUCGGCUUGGGAAAGAAUGAGGCUAAGAGCUCCUCCUACCGACGAUCUCUUGCUUUACGCAAUAGCAGCCUGUGUGUUACAAAGGAGGAAACUCAUUAUCGAAAAGUAUAACGGCAUUGAUGAGAUCAUGCGGGAAUGCAAUAACAUGGCAGGACAUCUCGAUGUGUGGAAACUUCUAGACGAUGCUCAUGAUUUGGUGGUCACACUUCAUGACAAGAUUGGGUGAUCUGUUGGUAUUUUCCUUUUGGUGUUCUUUCUCGAUGUUUUUGUUAACUUUAUCUUUUGUUUAUUCUCACCUUACCGUUUGGGAUCCUUCUAAACUGAGGGACCUUAAUAUCAUGAUACACUUUGCUAGAAAGAACAUCACACAGGUAAUUUCUUUGUUGACAUGAUUAUGGGUUGCAAUAUAUGAUGUAUUGCCCGCGCUCAAGAGCUCCUUUGAGUGACAGUGGCAUCACCAAAAAGUUUAGUAUUUAUGAUGUUUUACCCCGCUGUCCAACACUGUAUAUAUGAAUUGAUUUGGACGCUGUGUAUCCAGGAUAUAAUUACUCAAUGGCUCUCUAAUCUCUUUAAAGAAUCCUUAAGUUUAUCAGCUAUUAGUCUAUCUCA